CAAUAGGGGUCUUACAAACCACACAUGAUUUGGUGAUAUUGAAGGGCAUAAGACCGGACAUUCAACGAGUCAGAAACGAGUCAAGUAGUGAUGGGAAGAGUGGGGAGUGAGUUUCGACGAGUUUAUUGCGCAAAGCUGCGCCGCCGCUAAUUUUCAACCUUCUUGUCUUCAAUUCAACUUCCAUCCGUCAACCUUCCCUCAAGUCAGUCAUGAAGAAAUUCAUUCAGGAUCUGCGUCACAAGACGACAUCUGGUCAGGUAGCUCAUAGAUCAUCCGCACCCAAGCCAGACAUUCACCACACAACGACCGACAUUGCCAAAUGGAUAUUUGAGUACUUCUACUCUCCAGCCAAUGGCCAAUUCCAAGCACGUGCCAAAUCAGAGAGCACGCUGGGCGAGAAUGAUCAUUUCGGAUAUGUUGUCUGGCCGGUAAUAAUCAUGGUGCAAGCUGCUGCAGAAUGUCUUUCCGGAGCAGAGAUACAGACUGCUGUUGCUUCUCUUCAGACGUAUUGGAAUCCCGGACGACAUGGCUUCUGUGCAUGGAAGAUGUUUCCCGGCAACGAGGACAUAUACUUUGAUGACAACGGACAUGCGUGUCAAGCACUCAUCAGUGUUUUCCAAGCUACUGGCCAACAACAGUACUUGGAACAAGCAAAGCUGAUCCUUAGAAGUCUUAUCAUGCCAGCGGCAGCGCAAGACGGAGGCGUGCCGUGGCAUACGAACAAUUGGAACUGUCGAAAUGCAUGUUCUACUGGUCCUGCUGCUGUAGCCGCUCUUCGAAUUUAUGAAAUCCAGAGGGAUGAAGAAUUCCUCGUUUUUGCAGAAAGAGCAUUGCAGUGGAUGGUCACCAAUCUUCGAGACGCUGACGAUGGUCUGAUCUGGGACAGCUUCGUAUUCGAGGCAGAUGGCAACCGAAAUAUCAACAAGAUGAAAUGGACCUACAAUAUCGGCUUUGCCAUUCAUGGCUUCGCGCUUCUUUACAGCAUCACCAAGAAGCGAGAACACUUGGAUACCGCCAUAAAGUUUGCGGAAGCUGCCAUGAACUCCAACGGAUCUCUGUUCGACCGUUCGAUCCAGCGGCCAGAAGAGAGGAUGUACUCGGAUGCUUCUUUCUUCCUUCAUCACCUUGUUGAUAGCUAUGGUGCUCUUUCUCAACACACUAUGAAAGGCCGGCUUUCAAAGGAGAUUGCUCGCAUUGCAGAUUGGGGCCGAAUGUGGGUAUUUGAUCAAGAAGACGGACUGUACUUCCGUGGUAGUUGUCCAUAUACAAUCUCGGAAGACUUGACGAAGAAGUUCAACAAACAAUACGAUCUGCAAAAGGAUUUAGAGCCGAAUGGCCAAGAGCGCGACGAGAAAGGCAACUUGUGCAAGACGCUGAUCGGCAAUGCGGGGUGGAUUAGGAUUUUAAAAGCAGCCGAAAGCCAAACAUUACAACGCCCAUAAAGUUCGAAGUAACUUGAAAAGGCGGUUGGCAAAGCUUCCUCGCUCAUCAACGAGAUCUAUCGAGCAUCCAAACUCGAGACGCUGAUGGUCGUAAGAAGAAUGUGUCGUCAUUCUAAGACGGAUUUGGGCAUUAUUUACUUCGCUAGCCGGAUAGGACUUGCGCGAUUGGAAGUUCAAUCUAAGACCUUGGGUCGCUCUU